CCACCACCCGCUUGUAUGAUCUACACCAUUCACGUUCGGCGUUUGAGAUGAGGAGCACGUCAACAAGCUGCAUACAUGCAGUGGCACCGUUGACUCCGAUGGGCGGCGUGUGCUGGUGAAGCCAUGACUUGCCAUGAACGUCGACGUGGAGUGUCCCUUCAAAAGAUCCGGAUAAUCGGCUGAACGUUCCGGAUACCGUUUGCAACCAGCCUUUGUUCGAAGAUAAACGAAGAGCAAGAUGAUGGAACCAUCGUCGCCGAAUGUGGCGGCGGCAGCGCUCGCGAUGAACGACCGAUCUCAUGGCCUGCACUUUGAGGUGUCUGUGGGAGACGGAGUUGACUUGGAAGAUGGCACAAUGUCCCCAACAGCCGAAGACGGUCUUUUGAAAGGGAAGAGCAGCCGCCCUGGGGGUGGUUUGUGCAGCUGCUUCACGCUUGCGUUUUACCAACCAUACUUUAACGUGGACACGAUCGACAUUCAAGUACGACUGACGCGAGCGCUUCUUCCAUUCAAGCAAGACCCGGCCUUUAAGGACAUGGCACUGAAUGCCCCCGACGCAUACGGGCCGUUCUGGAUCAGCGCGACACUCGUGUUUUGCAUGGCCAGUUGCAGCAACAUUGCUUCGUGGCUGGACUACACGGGCGAUGUUGCAUUGUGGUCGUACGACUUUAGCCGAGUCGCUACCUCCAUGACAUUUGUGGGUCUCUACCUCAUCGGUCUCCCUUUCGUCCUUUGGAGCGCAGGCAAGUACUGGGCCAUUCCGUUGCCGCUCUCGUUCUUGGUCUGUCUGUAUGGAUAUUCCCUGACGGCAUUCCUUCCCGUCAUGUUUAUCUGCACAGCGCCUGCCGACGCUGUGGACUGGGUCGCGAUGCUCAUCUCGAUGGCAUGGUCGUGCUACUUUUUGCUCAUCAACGUCUGGGGCUACGCAGCAGAGUACUUGUCCAAGGAGAAGCUGCUGCCGUUCCUGUCGUUCAUCGGGAUCACGAAUCUGCUGUGGGUAAUCUUGAUCAAGCUCAUCUUCUUCUAACGAGGCAACCAGCGAUGGAAAGCUUAAACAGGGGUAACCUCGUUUUUGGUCCUGUUGUAUGGAUGACCAAUACUCCA